ACCUCCCUCUGCCGGGCUGCCUUUCCAACCCCAAAAUUUUCUGCUUCCCUCCCACCAUGUUCCUUACUUGCACACCACCAUUGCAGCUCUGACACAACCAGAUCAUCUUACCCAUUCUGCCCGUCAUGGUCACGCCACAUGCCCUUUGCUGAGAGCCUAUUCGCGUCUUCCAAUCCCCGCACACUGCCUGCCGCUCUCGCUGCUCUUGCUCUGCGCUGCUACAUUCUGAUCCGCUCUGCCCCAUUGAUUGCUGCUUGCUCUGCCUCGCCGCACUCUCUGCUGCCUGGCUGCUGGAUUUUCCCGUUCCACACUGCCAGACCCUCCGUCACAUCGUCCCUUUGCCCGACUCCCCGUUGGUUGGCGAAUGGUCGAUAUCCGGUCCCACGUGUGUGUCCUUCCAAGGACGCGCCCAAUGCCAUUCGGUUCUCAUCUAUAUCCUGCUGGCCGCUGUCCGGGUCGUGCCUGCGUUAGGAAACCGACUUCGAAUCCAGAUCCCAUCCAUCAACCUACUCCCUGUUGGGCGCACCGUUGCUCGUAAAGCGCAGCGCACCCGCCUUUGGCCGCACAUUGCUGCAAUCUUAGCCUUCUAGCACGAAUCGGUCCGGGGACCCACACCUCCUACAUCCCAAGUCACGUUGCCGUACGUACGUACCUACCUAUGGACCAGGAGUAGAAUCCCGACCACACAACAACACUUACUCUUCUUGCGCUUUUGCGCCCUGCAACACUUCGACACACUACUCUUAUUUCGUAUACUGUAUUUCCCUUCUCUUCGGGCCAAGCCUCCAAUCGGCUUUCCGCGCCAAUCAUAUCUCCAUCGACACAAAAAGUCCAUUUCCUAAUUCGAUAUUUUUUUUUUGUUUACUUACCACUACUGCUACACACUACUGGCCCUAUAUUGGCCACAGCCCACCACCGUCGCCACACCCACAAUACCCUAUCUAUACCUACCCUGGUCGUCACCUCUCUCACCCCACCUCUCGCCGCAACAUCAGACGCCAGGCUUGUCUACACCUCAAUCUCACCCUGGCCGUCGUGAACAAACUUCACUUUACCUGGUCCUGCCCCAAAAACAUCCUCGCCAGAUCACCUACAUGAGUGAUCUUGGGGAGCGGUUGGAGCGAGUGGGCCUGCCCCAAUACUUGGACGCAUUCGUGGCAGAAGGGUUUGAUACUUGGGAAACGGUGCUGGACAUAACCGAAUCGGAUUUAAGUUCCCUCAACGUCAAACUUGGUCAUCGAAGGAAACUCCAACGUGCCAUCGCAGAGUAUCGGGGUCAAUCCUAUGACCGUCCAUUGCCAAUAGGUUUGAACAAAGGCACAAGUGUCGAUGGAUCCUACCGAAGCGGCGAAGAGUCGGGCACAGAAACGAGAGGACAACCUGGUGCCGGUGCUUCCUUGGGCAGCACCACAUCUACCAAACGCAAGUACAGGCGGCAUCCCAAACCCGAUGAGAAUGCCCCGGAGCGUCCCCCCUCUGCUUACGUCAUUUUCUCCAACCAGGUACGCGAAACCUUGAAAGGCCAAGAUUUGUCCUUCACGGAAAUCGCAAAAGUGGUAGGCGAACGAUGGCAGGUGCUACCAGCUGAAGCGCGAGAGGCUUGCGAAAGUCAAGCGAAUGGCGCAAAAGAAAAAUACUACACCGAAUUGGCAGAGUACAAGAAAACGGUCGAGUACGAAACCUAUCAAAAGUAUUUAGAGGAGUUCAAAGCCAAACACGCAGCGCCUCAGAAAGGUAAGAGAAAGCGGUCAAAGAUAGAGAGCGAAACGGCCGCAUCAACUCGAAGUAACAGCCAUGAGAAUCCCCAAGCACAGGCAGACCGCCACCCCGGCAGGCGGAUAAGUUUAGUACCGGAGCGCUCGCUAUCUGGAGGCCAACAGUCAUCGGAAUCAAGCCCUCCUGUAGGUCCUACCCGGCUUCCCCCAGGCCCUUCACAUCCUUCAAAAUCGGCAUCGCCUGCAACACACUCCAUGUCCGGCUUCAAUUCCCCGCGGAUGAACGAAUACUCUCCCAUGUCCGCAUCUCCUCGUUCGGCGACACUACAAAAGGAAAACUCCUUUGAGACAUCGUAUUCAAGUGCAAUGGCAAGAGACGCCCGCGGACAAGCCGACUCCCACAUGCCGUAUGCGUCAUCUUCAUAUGGCCACCCCUCGUAUCAACAUUCCAACACCAGUACCUCGCCUCCCACAUACAGCUCACAUUACCCCCCGAUAGACCUCCCGUCCAGGCGUUCACAUAGAGAACUAUCACGACUUCCUCCCCUCACGCAUGAAGACACGACAUUAUCAUCUGACAGCGGCGGUGGACAAGGUGGACAGACCGGGCAUGUCGGGUACAGUGGCCCUACCCUCCCUUCCCUCGACGCUCCAAAAAGUCUACGACAUCUCCCCGCCCCUGUCCCUAGCAUAGCCGCCACACCCUCUCCUCUCGAUCGACCACCACCUCCUCCAACCGUACAAUCGCAGCAACAGCAAAACCAGGGGCCACAGCCUCCACCCCAAAUGGUGCAAUUACAGCACCCCCCACCGGAUAUCCGCAAUUCCUCUUCGCUUGCUGCACUGCUUCGAGCGAGCGAGCUGGUCAGCAAGGUCGCUGACGACGAGGAAAUGGAAAUUGAUAAGGAAAGCUCGCCUCCGUGA